CCAUGGCAAACUUGAAAAAACUGGUUCGCAACAGAAGGAAUGUCCCUGUCUUGGCUGUGCCCCAGUUCAAACGCGUGCCUGACUUCUGGGGAUGGUACAAGUACUUUAUGGACAGCCAUAACCAGGAGGGAGUUGAGGACCUGGAUCGUCUGUACAUGGCCUACUUGCAGAACAAGCAUAGAUCUGAGGAGGGACCCACUUUCAACCACUACCUCAAACAUCUUAGUGAAAUCUAUAAGACCUGUGCUGAUUCUGAUGAUCCAGAAUGCAUUGCUGAGUACACUAGCAAGCCGAAGGCUGCUGUAGUGAUGCCUGCCCCCAUCAAGUCUUCUGCCAUCAGGAUGUGCAACCCCUACAUUGAUCCGUACUGCCUCUAUUCUAUUGUCCCCAAAGCUGCUGCCCCAGAGCCUGAACCAGAGCCAGCUCCAGCUCCAGCCAAGGUGCCAGCUCCCAUCCUUACCCCUGUGCUGCCUUUGCCUCUGAAGGGCUCCACUGGUUUCUAUUACUAUGCUCCAGUCCUGGAGCCCUUCCUGAGCACCGAGCAGAGAGCUGAACUGCUGAGGAUCUGCCACCCUGAAGAUGUGGAUUGCCUGCAGUAUCACCUGAGAGCAGCAUAUGGCUACCGCCCAGUCCUCGGUCCAGCACCAUCCUAUGCUGCCCUCAAAUGUGACCCCAAGGACCCCUACUGCCAGCCCCCCCUGGUCAAAAAAGCCCCCACUGGCUUCUACCACCUGCUGUACCCUAGCUGUGACCCAGCAGUGGAUCCAUUAUGUGUGGCCAAUGUUGCUGCUCCUGCUGCUUUGGCUGAUGGGGAGGCCCCUAAAGAGCAGCACUGCAACCCUCUCUUUGAUGCUGGUUGCAACCCCCUGACUGCCACCAGGCUGUCUGGCCUCACCAAGCCUGUCCUGGAGUAUGCACCCAAGGAUGCACCUGCACCUCCUGCCGCUCCUCUGACCUGUGACCCUAGAUACAACCCAUACUGCAUACUGGCAGCUGCCGCUGCUCUGCGCAGCCCCCUUCCACAGCUCCCCGAGCACCAGGUCCGCUACAAUCUCGGAGUCCGCGGCAGGACCAAGGAGGGAUACGACUGCUUUGUGCACUAUGACAAAGAUUGCACUCCAAUCAAGUCUGGCCCAGAGGCACCAGCUGCACCCUUCUGCCAUCCAUAUGAUCCCAACUGUGGCAAGAGUGAUUCAUCCUCCAACAUUGAGGCCCCAAAGCUCAACAAGGAUGGCAUAGUCCUUCCAGAUCCUGACUGCGACCCUGAGUAUGACUACAACUGCCGCCUGCGUCGUGCAGAGCCCGCUGCUUCUGCUGAUGAGCCCAUCGCUGAUGAAGAAAAUGCUGCAGAUGAACCUGCCAAGGAGGCCUCUGCUCCACAUCCUGCUGUCCCAAGCUUUGAUGAUUUUCUCAGAGGUGUCAUGAGCAAGCAUAAAUAGAAUUUAACAGCUGCCAGAUGAAUAAACUGGUAGUUAUGGUGCUCACUCCAAUCUUAAUGGACUUCAUGGACCAUAGCCUUCCACAUUAUCAUCAAGGUGUUACAAAGCUAUGAAAUACAUUACAGAAUAAUACAGCUCCUAAAUAUUAACUCUGAAUUUCCCAAAUAAUCUGAAGUUGUUUUUGUUGUUGUUUUUCUAGUUUUGGUCUAAAUUGAAAAUGACCAAGCAACACACACACAGUCAUGUUAUGUGAAACUUGCUCAUUACAUACUUCCUGUUUGUAUGUUUGUAGAAAAGAGUCAUAUGUAUAAAUGUGUAAUAGAGUAGGGUUAGUUUGAAACCGUGUUAGUGGGCAAAAUAUUCUUUCUAUUGUACAUUCUUUUUGUAUUUAAUGUUGUU